AUGUAUCCUGCAGUGUAUAGUUUACAUUUACAUCUAGAAGAUCAACACCCAGUGACUUUCCGAGCAAAUGAAGAUCUAAUUAACGUUGUCAGUUUAGAUCGUUCCAGAAAAUCGAUGUUAACAGAAUUUUUUACAUUAAAUCGAGUAGAUGAUAAUGCAAAGAGAUUACUGUAUAAAGAAUUUCCGGAAUAUUAUGUUUGGAACCAACAAUACAAAGAGUGGACUCCUCGGAAAAAGAAAACUGUUAUAGGUCGUAUUGUUACAGUAAAUCCAUUUGAAGGCGAGAGAUAUUAUCUGCGGAUAUUACUAAACCAUAUAAGAGGACUUUUGUCCUUUGAAGAUCUUAGAACAGUUGAUGGUGUUGUGUCCCCAACAUUUCGCGAAGCAGCAACAAUGCAUGGUUUGCUACAAAGAGAUAGUAGCUUAGAAGAUUGUUUACAAGAAGCAUCUCUGUAUCAAAUGCCCUCCAGUUUUAGACGAUUAUUUGCAACAAUAUUGGUUUAUUGUAAUCCAACCAAUCCCAGGGAACUAUGGGAACGUUUCGAGCAAGACAUGUCAGUUGAUUUCAAAUCAACAGAAAAUUCUAUAUCAAAUGUAAAAACCAAAGUAUUGAGGACAAUCUCCUUCACAAUCGAAUCAAUGGGCAAAGAUAUUAAUUCCUACAAUCUACUUGAUGAUGACAUCUGUUUUGAUGAAGAAGAAUUUCAGUCUAGAGAAAUUGAUGAUGAAUUGGCAGUUGAAAUUCCAGAAGAAGAUAUUGCCGCAUCAGAAUCUCUUAACAGUGAACAAAAACAUGUCUAUAAUGCAGUGUUGGAAAAAGUAUUUGCAAACCAAAAUGCUGCAUUCUUUGUAGAUGGCCCGGGUGGUACAGGGAAAACAUUCUUAUACAAAGCACUUCUCGCAACAGUACGAUCAAGAAAAUUGGUAGCACUUGCAACUGCUUCAUCAGGUGUUGCCGCAUCUAUUCUUCCGGGAGGUCGAACGGCACACUCACGUUUCAAGCUUCCACUUGAUACUGACAAAAAAAGCACGUGUUGUGUCAGCAAACAAAGUGCAUUGGCAAACCUACUUCGUUCAGCAAAACUAAUAAUAUGGGAUGAGGCUCCAAUGACAAGAAAACAACACAUCGAAACAUUAGAUAAAAUGUUACGAGACAUCAAUAAUUCGGAUGUAACAUUCGGUGGAAAGGUUGUUGUUUUCGGCGGAGAUUUUCGACAGGUUUUACCAGUGGUUCGCAAAGGAACGAGACAAGAACAGGUUACUUCCAGUUUGGUUUAUUCGUAUUUGUGGCCUACAUUGACCAAGUUCCACUUAACUGAAAAUAUGCGAGCAAGAUUUGAUCCAGUUUUUUCAGAUUAUGUGUUAGAAGUAGGCAACGGAAUGCCGCCGAACACAAUUGAUGAAACCAUAAAAAUCCCGAAUGGGAUGCUUGUUCCCUAUGAAGAUGACAACACUUCUUUAGACCAUUUAAUCGAAGAUGUUUUCCACAAUAUUCAAGAAUAUUCAGCAAAUAUUUCAACUAUGAUGAAUCGGGCCAUAUUAACACCAAAGAAUGGUUCUGUUGAUGAAAUAAAUGCAUUGUUGAUUCAUAGGUUUCCAGGUAAAGUUCAUCGAUAUUACAGUUUUGAUGAGACAAUAGAUGCAUCAGAACAAUCAGUUAUGGAAGAUUUCUUAAAUACUCUAACCCCAAAUGGACUUCCGCCUCAUGAAUUAUUACUCAAGAAAAACUGUCCCAUCAUGCUGCUUAGAAACAUUAAUCCUUCAGAAGGUUUAUGCAAUGGAACCCGUUUAAUUUGUCGAUCUUUUGAUCGAAAUAUCAUAGAUGCAGAAAUUGCAGUUGGACAUCAUAUCGGAAAAAGGGUGUUCAUUCCAAGGAUACCAUUCUUACCAAAUGUUGAUGAAAAUAGUGGUUUCCCAUUUAAACGAACUCAGUUCCCUAUAAGAUUAAGUUUCGCAAUGACUAUAAAUAAGUCACAAGGGCAGACAUUGGAUUAUGUUGAGAUUUAUUUACCUCAACCAGUUUUUUCACAUGGUCAAUUAUAUGUGGCUUUAUCAAGGGCCAAGACAGCAUCUACAGUGAGGAUUCUAAUACGACCAGUGUCCACUGAACAACGGGAGAAAAUGCGGACGGUGUAUACAGCAAUAAAGGAUAUCACUCCGAAUACAAGAAACUGGAAAAUUAAGAUGAUCGUUGCGGAGAAGUCGCCCAAACGAAUAAGCCAACGUACAAAUGUGAAGUACCAAAAUUUGACAUUAUUUGAUGAAGAGGGAAAUCGUGUACAGGCAGCAAUGUUUGGAGCUGAUAUGUCAAACCAGUUGAUCCAAGAUAUUUUAGCUGUUGCGAUCAAAAUUAAGCCAAUUAAAGAAGUAACGACAGCAUAUGGACCAACAACUAUCCAAGAGAUAUAUGUCAUUGAUGAAAGGGCGGAUGAUAAUGAUUUGAUCAUCAAAAGUAUCAUUGCAAGAAACCUAACAUACCCAUCUGCCCCUCUGUCAUCUGUUGGUAUCCGAGAAAUUGUGAAGAACUGCGAUAUUGCAGAGAUGAUGAAGGGUCUGCAACCCAUGGAGAUAGCUGCUAUUAUGUUUGGUGAAGUAGCAGAAGAGGCAUUUGGUUGUUCAGCAAUUGAGUUGAUAGAGAAUUCUGGAGAGGAACAUCAACCAUAUAUAAAAAGCGUUGCAGACAAAUUAUCAACAAAAAUAUGGAAGAUUCAAGUUUAUGCAGAUCCAGAGAAACUGAAUGAGAAAAGACAUAAGCAUUUUAAUGUUCUCUCUAUCGAGGCAAUGGAAGAUGAGAGAAAUGCUGGAUCAUCAUCUUAG